CCUUCGGGGAACCCCUUCGGGGAACCCCCUUCGGGGAACCCCCUUCGGGGAACCCCUUCGGGGAACCCCUUCGGGAACCCCCCCCCUUCGGGGAACCCCCUUCGGGAACCGCCCCCCCCCCUUCGGGGAACCCCUUCGGGAACCCCCCCCUUCGGGGAACCCCCUUCGGGGAACCCUUUUCGGGAACCCCUUCGGGGAACCCUUUUCGGGAACCCCUUCGGGGAACCCCUUCGGGGAACCCCUUCGGGGAACCUUUUCGGGGAACCUUUUCGGGAACCCCUUCGGGGAACCCCUUCGGGGAACCCCUUCGGGGAACCCCUUCGGGGAACCCCUUCGGGGAACCCCUUCGGGGAACCCCUUCGGGGAACCCCU